AUGGUUACUUAUGGAACUAUUGCGUUGGCCUUUUGGUUUGGUGGUGAUAUGGUAGCUGAAAAACAAGCCACACUCGGUUCGAUAUUCAAAGUUUUUGGUAUGCUUUAUUUGGGUGUUAUCAGUUUGACUAGAUCAGCAACUUUUUAUCCUCAUUAUGGUAAAGCAUUCGUUUCUGAAACAACCUUGUUGAAGGUUGUUUUGAGAAAGCCAGAUAUUCCAUUCAUGGGAGGAGUUCAACCUGAAAAUAUUGAAGGAAACAUUGUUAUUGAUAAUGUUGAUUUUGCCUAUCCUUCCAGACCGAAUACUCUUGUUAUGAAGGACUUUAGUUUGGAUAUCAAAAAGGGUCAAACCAUUGCUUUAGUUGGUCCAUCUGGUUCUGGUAAAUCAACAAUUGUUGGUUUAUUGGAAAGAUUCUACAAACCAGUUAAGGGAAAGAUUUAUUUGGAUGGAGUCGAUUUGGAAACUAUCGAUCCAAUGUACUUACACAAGGUGAUUGGUAUUGUAGGACAAGAACCAGUUCUCUUUGCUGGAUCUAUCAAGUAUAAUAUUGCCUACUCAAUUGGAUUGGAAAAUUGUACUCCUGAACAAAUUGAAAAUGCUGCCAAACAAGCUAAUGCUCACAACUUUAUUAUGGAUUUACCUGAUAAGUAUGAAACCCAACUUGGUGAAAAGGGUGUUUCUUUAUCUGGUGGUCAAAAGCAAAGAAUUGCCAUAGCUAGAGCCUUAUUGCAAAAUCCAAAGAUUUUACUUUUGGAUGAAGCUACCUCUGCUCUAGAUACUGAAUCUGAAAGUUUGGUUCAAGCUGCUUUGGAUCAAUUGAUGAAGGGAAGAACUACCAUUUGUAUUGCUCACAGAUUGACAACUGUCAUUAACUCAGAUGUUAUCUGUGUCUUGGUUAAAGGCGUCAUGAAAGAAAAGGGUAAACAUAGUGAACUCGUCAAGAUUCCAAAUGGUAUCUAUAGAAACUUGGCUGAAAAGCAAAUGGUUAUCACUGAGGAACAGGUCAACGAUGUUGAAGAUGUCAUGGACGUCUUGGUGGAUGACGAUCAUCACGACUCUGCUCACGAAGAACAACAGCAAUAAUGUUGAAAGCAGGAUUUUGACAUUGAAAAUUUGUAAAUAUCUCACAACUUGUAAAUAAACUAAAUCACAUACUUUUU